GCUCACCUGUUACCGCGCGCUCUUACUGCGCCGACUCGCGGGGGGGUUUCCCAGCAGUGACGUAGGGGGAUUUCCACCCGGUCAGCUCGGGCUAGAAGAGGCACAAAGUGAAACGAAUUUGGUAGAAAACGUGAGUUAUUUUGAUACACGGGCAGAAGCAGAAGUACAGCAGCGCUGCAGAGACUCAGAGCCGCAGUCACCGACCUUUAGUACAGCUCCAAUGAGUACAUAACCCAGCUAACCGGACCUCAGCCCAGUACCAGACUAACCCUGUUUUACCAGCCUAGUCCUUCACCUGCCAUGAGAAAUAUGAACGGACCAGCUCGCAACGGUACCCUAGGCACUGGCGCUCUCGACCUUGAUGAAAUAAACGAGUUCAUUGUUGAGAGCGGAUUUAAACUCCCUGGACCUCCUCCUCCUCCUUCUCUUACUCCUACAGAAAUAAGUAAUGGGCCAGUGCUCGUCUCUAGAUGCACAGACUCCCCACAGCGUCCUAAUUUAUUCCCACAAGUCCCUUCUGCUGGAACCAGAAACAUGUCAUCUCUACCGUCGUCUCGUGGACCCAAGGCUCAAGCACAGCGACGUGGGACCCCAGUGGGAAGGUCUGCCCGCUCCCAUCAGACGGGCACAGAGCAGCUGGAGAGACUCCUGAACAAACCCCAGCUGCAGGUGGUAGAGCAGCCCAAAGAGCGUGGCAUGAGGUUUCGCUACGAGUGUGAGGGCCGCUCUGCCGGCAGCAUCCUGGGAGCCUCCAGCACUGAAGUCAACAAGACCCUGCCUGCCAUCGAGAUCCAGGGGCCAAUCGAGGGGAUUAAAAAGGUGACAGUGACGGUGUCUCUGGUGACUAAGGACAUCCCUUACCGUCCGCACCCGCACUGCUUAGUUGGAAAGGAUUGUUCAGAUGGAAUCUGUAUCAUUUCGCUAAAUCCUCACACAACCCGACGCCACAGUUUUGUGAAUUUAGGCAUCCAGUGUGUUCGGAGGAAGGAAUUAGAUGCCUCACUGAUCAAGAGGAGGAAUAAAAAUAUUGAUCCAUUCAACACUGGACAGUCAAAGAGCAUUGAAGACAUGGACAUGAACGUGGUGAGACUGUGUUUCCAGUGCGAGCUGGAAUUGGAGGAUGGAGACAGGAUCCAGCUCAGUCCUGUGGUUUCCAACCCAAUCUAUGAUAAGAAAGCUACAACGACUGCAGAGCUGAAGAUCAACAGGCUGAAUAUUGUCAGGGGUCCUUGUUCAGGAAAGACUGAGAUCUACAUGCUGUGCGACAAAGUGCAAAAAGAUGACAUUGAGAUCAUCUUCCAUCAUGACGACUGGGAGGCCAAGGCGGAGUUUGCCCAGACAGACGUCCACCGUCAGAUCGCCAUUGUCUUCAAGGCUCCGCCGUAUCAGGAGCAGGACAUCAGCGAGGAAGUGGAGGUCAACGUGUGUCUGCGUCGCAUUUCGGACCGCAUGCACAGCGAUCCGGUCAAAUUCACCUACGUUCCACUUGACCAAGAUCCAUAUGAAGUAGACCGGAAGAGGAAGAUUAAAUCAGAUAUCAAGUUCAGCGAGGACUGCCGUGGCACGUCAGCUCCAGACAGGAUUAUAAACAAACCAGCUACGUCUCACCAGAUUGACACGUUCAAUUUUAUCCCGUUUGAUUGUGGUAUCCCAUUAGCAACUCCUCUCCAGGACUUCUUAGGUACUUCCAGCCAGCCUUCACUGGGUCAGGGGCUGGAAGACCUGUAUGCAGAUCCCUUUGGUCAAGAGGACAGCUGUGUGAGUUUGGAUCCAGACGCCAUGGGAAACCUCUUGGUCAGCAUUUCCGAGUGUAUUGGUCAACAGAAUCUUUUCCAGCUUUUUAACAACGCGGAUCCUGGGUUUGAUGGCUCAGAUCCGAACUUGAACAUAGACAUGGGGCAGCCUCAGAUGAAUUUAAGUUCCUAUAGUGACAUGCACUUCAACCAGAUGGUGAGCGACCGGAACCAUGGCACAGAUCCCGAGUCCCUGCCUCAAGACUUAAUCGGCAUUUCCUUAGGUCAAGUCAAGACAGAAAACGAAGGAGAUUCGUAGAUUUGUAAUAGGCCUCGCUGGUUACUUAGAAGAGGAAGUCAUGACUGUAAGGUCUGAACACUGAUGCGUUUGCAUGUGCGUUUUGAUCCAUGCCGGAUACCAUAUACUGUUCUGUCUGAAGGGCUCCUAACAUGAACAUGGACCAGGACCAGGAGUCAGACAUAUAGAGCCAAGCUGAGCCCAUUCUGAUGGACCUCUUGACAGGCUGUUAGGAAAAUUUGUUUUCCUGCAGCAAAAUGUCUGCUCAGGCCCAGUCUGAAGAAUGUAUGGAGAAUGUAUGGAGAAUAUGUGCGCAAGAAGAAACAGCUUGAUACCUGUGUGCUUGUAGUCCAUAAGAAAAGGCCAGGAUUCCUGCUGCGAUAAUCUAAAAUCUGUUAAUUCAGAUUAUUUGGGAGAAGCAUGUAGCUAAUAAGUUGCCAUGCACUAAAAGAAAGGGAAGUGACCUUUGCUGCUUAAAUGAAAUAGAAAAGUCAUUGCUUUACUGUAAAGUGACAUCAUUGCAUUCUCACUAACCCAGUGUGUCAGAACUUUACUUGGACCAAAAAAGCUAAAUUACACAUUUAUCCAUACAGCCUUUAGUCUGCAGUAGUCAUCUGUGUGUAGUGUAGAAUGAUUACAUAAUGGUAGAGCCUGUGUAAGGUGAAAAUUUCUGCUGGAUUUCUGCUUUGUGUCAAGCAAUAGCAUUACAAAUUAUACAUAUUAAAUAGAUAUUCACUGCUAAAUUAUGUAUGUGACAGGAUGAAGUGCAUACCGAGCAGCAGAGGUGGGUAUUAUAAUAAUAAUACAUUAAUAAAGAAAUAGUUUACUGCUUGAAAAGCAAUAAGAGAGGACGCAUAAAACAAGAAGCUCACACUGAAGUACGGUAACUACAGUCAUGACCAAAAAUAAAAGAACCCCUGUACUUCUUAUAGAAAAUUCAACACAUUUCCCUGAUAAUUGUUGCAUUUACAAAUGCUUUAAUAUUCACGUUUUUUUUUACUGCCUAUAUUGAAAUUGCACAAAAAAAGCAGAGAGAAGUGCAUGGGUGUGAAUAUUUUUGGCCAUGACUAAAAAUAUCAGUAACAAGUACUGUAGACUUAAUUCCCCCUAAGUGUGUAUGUAUAUAAGUAUGUACACAGAAAUAAAUUAACAGUAAAAGUGUGCAAUAUGGCCUUUAAAAAAUAUCACACUAUUUUACUUACUAUUUUUUUGCUGUAAAAAUAUUUUUGUCAAUAUGACGAAAAAACACAGAUUUCUUUUUUAUUAUUAAAUUCAAGAGCAAGCUACGUAAACAAAAUAAUAAUAUUAACUUUCAAAUUUGAUUUAAUAAAAAAAGGAAUAGUUUAAAUCAUUCAGAACAAACAACACAAACAUUUUAAACUCUAACAUUUUGUCUAUAUUUAAUUUCGUGAACAGCAUUAACAUUCCAAGACUCAAAUGUUGUAUAUAAGAAUAAUACUAGAACAAUAGAUAAUAUUGCAUAAAAAUAAUGUCUAAUGCAAAACUAAGGAGCUCAAUAUUAGUGCAUGCAUAUAAACUGCAAACACAAACAAUUAACAAUUAUGUAAACAUUUUUUAAGCUUUAAAAAAAUAUUGGACAAGCCACUUCCAAUUUCACUUCAUUUUAAAAUGUCUAGUUGUGGUCUCUAGUGUGAGCUGUUUUUUGUGAGGAAAAAAAAAGUGUUCAGGUGUUUCUAUUUAGCCCUGCUUUAGUGGUCUCUGACGAAAGACGGGGUUUGGGCUCUUGCUCUUAGUCUUAGUUACAAAGGUGAAGUUAACCCUUAAACUUUGCGAUCGCGAAAAAAACUAGGAAUCGUGGAUUUUAGCAGAAAAAUACCUUUUUUAAAGUACCCAUCUCUGCCUAGCACAUUCCAGCACUGUUAUGUAAUGUGCGGUGUACAUAUAUUUUUAAACAGAACUAGAGAACUGAAGGAAAUGGCAGAUAUAGAGUGAACGCCCUGCAUUGCUAGAAGGUACACUUAACUAUGUAUUUUUGUGUGUAGAAUAUGCAGAAGUAACUAAGCUUUGUGUGAAGUGAACCAGUUUUCCUGCUUGUAAAAAAGUGUCAACGACUGCAUAUGUGCGCAUGUCCUAUUAAAAGUUUGGUUCAUAUUUUA